UGGUCUAGGAAAAUUCGCGAAACGUAGACGCAGGUCCGUGUGUGCGGUUGUGUGUAGAUUGUUCUCCUGACCUGCUGGUAUCAUCACCGUGUGAGACACGUCCUGGAAUUGAUUAAUAUCCUGUCGAAUUUAUUUCUCUGUUGCUCGUUAUCAAGGAUUUGAACGUUAAAUAUUAUCAAACUUCAGUUUUCCUGCAGGAUAAAGAAUGUAUUUUCGCGUUUUCGGUGGUCAGAGGAUCGAUUUUUAUUUCCGUCGGGUUUCAAUCUGAUGCGCUUUUCUCCGGUGGAUUGUUGGUGAUACUAGAAUUCGACGCAGUAGCUCGCGCUGUAUUUUCUCCGGGAUAUGAAAAUUAGAAUUUGAUUUUUCAACGCGCUGCAAAAGAUUUCGCCCGUUGCUAAGGGUCUGAAAAGUACUGAAAUGUUCCAAGUGUCCCUCGAACAUCUAUAGUUCAAAGGUGAAUUUUCAGCUGUAUCGAUUUAUUGUAUUUUUUUUUUUUUGCUUGGUGUUCUCGUAUGUUUGACAUCUGUGAGUUGGUUUCUGUGCGCGGUGUGGUUCAUAAUAUAUACACGAACGAAAGCUCACAGUGAAAUAGCAUCCGAUGAGAGUAUCCCCGCAAGUAGUAGCCUCCAGCAUCACCGCAGUACCGUUUUAGGUUGUAUGCAACUGUCAAUUUCAAUGUUUCACUCCCUUAGAUCACUACGUUUUGUGAAGUCACCAAAUAGCCUAGCCAGUGAUAACUGAGCUGCUCUCAAUCUCUCAGUGACGGUGAAGUGAGUAAGCUUUCCGAGCGGGAAAGCUACUUCGGUCGGGCGCUUUUGUGCAAGAGAAUAUGAGUGCAGUGAGAGUAGUAUUGUGUAACAACAAACACGCCUGUCUGCCUACUACGUCGUCGGGAUAAAUGGCGGAAGGAGGUGAUAUGCGCUUCUGAUGCGUGUAGUUCGUUCAGCAGGAUACCACCCUCCGCUGUCGCCUACUGCUGCCAUCCACUUAGAAAACAUUCGUCUGUAGUGGUGGUGGUUCAUCAAAAGCGGCCUCUCCAGCAAUCACAGACCAUUGAAUCACCACGUCAAAGCGAACCGGUCCAUUCAGGAAGGUUGGAAGGAGAUAGCAGUGGGAGUAGUGGGGUGGAGAACGGAAAAAAUGCAACUGCAAAUUCACAGACAGAGACCGAACAAGGUGGAGAAAAACUAAUGUGUUCGUUUUAAGAAAAGAACUGACGUGACAUUUCGGCGAGGCUCCAGGAGAAGGUGCGCCUUGACGUUCGAGAUUCAAUAAAAAAACGGACCGCGAAUAGAAUGUUGUAGAGCGAAAACUAGUCCUUUUUCGAACUGAAUUAUUAUACUUGGCUGUGUAGAUAAAAUGGAACAAUGAGAAAAAGACUUAAGUUUUCAUUAACGAAACAACGAUAAAAGAACCGAUCACGAAACGUAACUACGCAUAGAAAGCUCGUACCGCGGCAUCAAACUUGAUAGCAACACAACAACAACAACAAUGGCAGCAGUAGUUUACGGCAACAGCCCACGGCACAGCAGUCGCCAUCAUCAUUCGGGUUCCGGGCAGAGUCACCUGGUGACGCCCCAUUCACCCUACCAUCAGCAGCAGCAUCAUUCACUGCCAUCCCAUCAUUCGUCUUCGGCGGCUGCGGCCGCCGCAGCCGCAGCUCUGUCGCAGCAGAUCAUCACGCCGCCAACGUCGUAUCUAUCCACCUCGACCACUACCAUCUCGUCGUCGACGCAUCAGCAAACUAUCUACUAUCAGCAGCAACAGCAGCAGGCCGCCAUCCACUAUCACAACAUGCGCAACUCCAAACGGAAGUCCGCCGUCGAGCUGCUGGCCGAAAGUAAACCAUUCUACGUUAAGUCGGAAGUGGUGCUAGAUCGACAGCAGCAGCUCAGCAUGCGCAGUGGCGGAUCCGGUCCAGUUUCGGGAUCAUACAUGCUGUCACCCUCGCGCACUCUUCCGCAAUCCAGUUCUCAGCUGCAGCCGAUUUCGCACCACUCGCAAAGUCAGCAACAGCAACAGCAGCGACCAGCCAGUCGACGCAGUGCCUCUUCCGGAUCUGAUCUGCUGCAGACCAAAUUACGCAAGCUACUUAACACCGCCGACAGUAAAGAGACAAUAAUUCCUUCAGAGAUGAACCUCAAUUCUAAAUACGGUCAACAACCAUUGGAAACAAGCUACAUCAGUGGUGCUGGUCUCUCCGGGAAUGACUGCAUCAACAGCAUCGGCUACAUUCAACCGCCGAAGAACUAUCAACAGCAGUUGACCGUACACCCGGAACAACCGAGUGACAUGUCGGUUUUCUUCCCUAGUGCAUUUUUAUCGCCUCAAUCUCUGCCGCCGCAUCCCGUUGGCGACGAGGAUCUCUAUCUGUACGGUGUUCACGAUAGUCUGGUACUGACCGAUGAUUACCGUGCAAUAAGCCCACCAGCAGAAUAUGCCGAAAAUGCAGCUUCACCGGAGAAACACAAUAAUAGCCAUAAUCGCUACAAUUACCAACGCUCAUACUCACACUCCCAGGCGGUUGUCCAUCAAGAUGAAUCGGAUUACUCCCCGACACAGUCAUAUAACAUUAACAGCCACAAGUCGCUGCCGGAUCUACACUCCCAGAUUAGCCGCCAUUCACCGCAUUCCGAAGCGCUAAGCUGCUGUAGUCGUGGAAAUCGAUCGAAUCGAUCAGGAAGCUCCUUUAAUCGCGACUCCGGCGGUUCCUCGGGACAUUACACGCACCAUAGCGAACCAUGUUGUAAACAGCAACAGCAACAACAACUACAGCAGCAACAACCGAAGGACGCUAUUAUAAUGGGCGGCGCCGACUACCGGCGAGAUAGCGGAUCGUCUACACAACACAGUGGAAAUUCAUACUACGCAUACGGAAUUCCGCCGCUACGCUACGAUUGCAUUGAGUGUCGCGCUAAAAUUCGCGAAGAGGCAGAUUGUCUUCUGAACUUUACGACGCCAGAAGUUCCAGAAGCCUUCCAAGAUGAUUACAGCGAAAAACAAAAACAAAAGUAUUACGAAGAAGCACGUGAUCGAAGCGCAGCCGCUGCUCGUAAGUACUACAAGACCCACGGACCAAUGUCACCGUUAUCACCCGUAUCACCAUUGUCACCACAAGAACAACAGCUAGACCUAAGUCCCCCGUUGGGUACAUUCAAACGUCAGAAGUGUCUCCGAUUUAAGAACCGAGGUCGCCAAUCGGCUAUUAGUAAUCCCAAUUCGCGUUGCGGUGAUGGUCGUGGCAGUACCGGCGGUGAUGACGAUCGGCGGCCUAUUUUGCGUUCCAAAAGUGAUAUCAGCGAUCGUUACUGGAACCGUCUUUCAGAGCGAAGUGAUCGCGAACGUGAACGGGAACGUGAGCGCGAACAGCAAAAACUGCUGGAAAAGCAACGAUCACGUUCGGAUAGUCUGACUCAGCUGGAGCAUUUCUUCGACCGGCUUGGAUUGAAUGACGAAACCUACGAAAGGUACAUUGCGCCUUCCAAGGGAACCAAAUCUCCAAACAAUUAUCGUAGCAACUCUGGCAGUGAUAUCCACCGACUGUCAGCUGAAGACACCGGAGACUCGGACGAAUCGAGCGCCGUAUUCUUCUCGGAUGUUAGCACCAUCGAUUCUACACGACUGCCGGACAGUACUGAAAUAAGCAACGAACAGCAACAGGCUACCCCAGGUCAGUUGACAGGGCCGCUAAACACUUUGACCAAUCCAGCUUUGUAUCGGCCGAGCGAACCACCAUCAAUUAUCGAGCGCAAUGCGCGAAUCAUCAAGUGGUUGUGCAACUGCAAAAAGAUGCAACUAGCCUAAGGCUGGCUGAACGGAGCGACCCCGAUAGAGGUCGCUUUGUUUUCCUCAAGACUAGGUCGUUGUAGGACGUUCAAUCGUAGGAAAUAGAGAGAACGAAAGGCACCGUACCGCCGAGUGCCGAGCUGAGAAAUGCAACGAUGUAGACUAAACAUUAAAUAGAGGUUAAAAAACGUCAAAUUGACGGAAGGAUUAAUCGUAGCCCAUCCUAGACCAAGAGAAUUGACUAUUAGAGGAAGUUACAAGUGAUUAUGUAGGAAACAAAAUCAAAAACCUUUGACAAAGAAAUACAAUGUGUAGUUUGACGCCUGAAGUUCCACAUCGUUUCAGAACGAAAAUUGUCAACCAUACUGUAACAUUCUAGUGAUCAACAAAGUAAAACGCAGGCACAGAUGCAAAACCAAAGAAAGAAGCAACGUCUCAUUGUUUUAACUGGUUUUAAAACAAUAGAACGCAAUCUAAUACAGGAAUUACCGAAGGAGCGAAUCACAAAUCAAAACAGAAUAAUAAUAAUCAACAAACAAAAAUGUAUAUCACAAAACAGUCGACUCAACCGAACUAUUCUAGCAGUGUAGAAAGUUUAAAGCUAUGCCGAAAACAGCAUAUUACAUCAAAAAUUCUAACUUCCACCGUAGUGAUCCCCCGAAAUACGAAUAGAAGCUGUAGCUUUGAAAAAAUGUAGGUUUGCAAAAACAGAAUCGAUCGUCAUUCAUCAAAUUUCAAUUUUUUUUCUCUUGCGCCAGUAAAUGAAAAUGACAGAAGUUCCCACGAGGAAACUGAUUGAAUAUAUCGUUCACAGAAACUAGAUUGCAAAUUCAUCUAAUUGAAUAAUUAGUUCCGUGGCGUUUUUUGACAAUAUAAUAUAUGAAUUUUUUUAAAGUUUUUAUUGCUUUUAGUACAAGCCAAUAGAAUAUCGUAAACAAUAAACGUCACCCUAAUAUGCUGCUUUGUACUGAUUUUAUGCUGAGAGAUUCUAACACUAUUAACCAAAAAGUCUUGUCAAUUUGAUCAUAGCUCAUCUUAAAUAUCUACAUGAUUUAGAAAAAAAACACAAGUCAUCUUUUGUUUGACCAUUAAGCGGCUUUUACUGCCGACUUUAACUCGUGGCGAUCAACAGCAUAACAGCUGACAACCGGACGCACACAUCUAGCAGUACUCGUAGUACAUCCGAAAUAUGUGACUUUAAACUAUAUUCGUAACAUGUAGUUUCCGCAGAUUGAACACGGAAGGUAUCGGCCCUAUGCCUCGUUUCGAAGGAUUAUUUGUCUUAUGAGCUAACAAAAUAUGAAAUGAAUUGAUGAUAUAAUAAAACACUAUUGACAACACCUGAGUGGCUAGGUUAACUAGACUUUUAAUAUUACAGAAUAUUGUAUCGAUAAAGAGUAUCUAUAUAUGAAUCAAUUAAAAAUACUAUUUUCUAGUCUAAUAUAUGAUUAAUGAAUGAAAUACAUACUUAAUUGAUACAAGUAUAUUAUACUACUACAUGCGAAUGAAUCGAAUUAUUCAUACUUACUCUAGCGAAUAGAAAGAAAAAUCUAAAAAGCGUUGUUCGAAUCGAUAGUAAAUAACACUAAUGAGAAUUUCUAAAAAAAUAAUCACAACUUACGACAGAAUACAAAUAUCGCCAUUCAUCAGCAUAUGAACACUUACAGUUAUAAACACACUCCACACACUUUUUCGUUGCAGAACCUUGCAAAAUUUAUUCUACGCAAACCAACCGAGUAAAAUAAAUAAAAAAAUAAUAUUCCAACUAGCUACGUGAGAAAACGCAUCAAACAGACACUAUUAUACAAUGUAGCAGCAGCAAACUAUAGCGAUUCAAUAGAAACUGUAAUUUAAACCCCAAAAACUACUAAAAACUGUUCAACGUAGAGAACACGUACACAUAUGAACAUUAAACACAAAUCAGUUCCAAUAUAAAUUAAAUAAAAAACAAAUCAAAACGUCGAAUCAAACAAAGUCUAACAUAAUUCAAAAUUCAACCGCAAUAGAGCGCAACAGACAUACGUCAAAAUGUAGCAAAUAACAGAAUUGUUACAAAUAAUCAAAACAAUCUUACCACAGUUAUAGCCGUAUCGAAACAUUUACGCAACGUAUUUACAUAAAAAAAGUCAAGACAUUCAAUCUACACCGAAAUGAACGACAGGAAGAAAAAAAGUAAUAAACAUUGCAGACGGCGCCCCGGACCGAACGGAACUACAUAGGCUACCAUUGACAAACCGCAAAAAGCCCCAUAACAUAAAUUUAAAAGCAGUAGAGUGCAGUAGCUACUUUCCAGCAGUAUGAAAAUUGUAAGAAAUAGGCAAAAUAAAUAAAAG